AAAAAACUGUUCCUAAGUAAACGUCCUUUAAACCAACAGUUCAAAAAUAAUGGGAGGACGCCAAUGCAAUAGCGGCCCCGGCCAUGGCGUUCGACCUGUUGCUUCUGUAAAAUUUGAGGGAGAAAGAAAAACAAAAGGGUUUUAAUGAAUCACGCCAAUUCCCACUUUCCUGACCCCCCACAAAAGCAAAAGAAAACCCAGAAAAGAUAGAAAAGCAGAGAAUAUAAACGCAAUUUCAGAAAAGUUUCUGCGUAGAUUCUUAUUUCUGAGCUCCUUUCACUUCUUAUUUCCCUGCCCAUCAUUCCAUUUUUGAUUUUUAAAGUAAAGAUGUGUGCUUUCUAUCCCUUCACUCUUUCCCUUUCUCUCAUUUUCGUGAAAUAGAUUGUUCGUUUUUAGAUUUUCAAAUUUUGUUUUCCCUCCGCGAAAGAUAACUCAUUGACCUGACCGUCUUCCUCUUUCAUAGGAAGAAGGAAAAGCAAGGGCGAAAAAUUAUUCAUUUAUGCUGCUAUACUAGGAAUGUCCACACAAGUGGGGAUAUUCGAUUUCUUUUAACAUAUUCGAAAUUCCUGUUUCUCCCUCUUGUCCAAAAUUCCCCCUUUUUUCCCACAUGAACUUUUGAGUUUUUCUAUUCCGCUCUGUUUCAUUUGUUGGUUGAGUGAUUGAGAAAAUGGGUGGUGGUGUUGGGGGUGGGAAGGUGGAGGUGAUAGCUGGCAAAGGUUGUUCAAGGAUUUUUCUGGAUUUAUCUUCCUCAUUUAGAGGCAUUUCAUCAAUUUCAUUGGAGCCAUUGUCUCCUGCUUCUGCUGCUUCCACAAUUUCUGAAUCUAAUGUUAAGAUAGUGAAGUCAAAUGGACCAUUUUCUGGUCUCGUCAUUUGCGUGACCGGACUUUCUAAAGAAACAAGGAAACAGGUGAAGGAAGCAACUGAGAGAUUAGGAGUUAGGUUGGACGAAACACUCUACAAUGUGAAUAAAAUUGGAGAUAAUGGCAUUCCUAAUGAUAUCUUGAAGCGAUUGGAUCAAAACUUUGCUUCAGAGAAUUCUUCUCUUCCUGUUGAUGUGCAUAAGCAUACAAAACAACCCCACAUGAUCGAUGCCUAUAGAUCCCAUUUUUCAGAAAGGGAAAGUAAAAGACAAAUAGUUUCUUCCUCCAUUUCUGGUCAAUCGUUUUAUAUUGACAACGAUGUCCCCGCCGAACUCCGGAGUAAGGUUGCUGAGGCUAUAUCUGCUGAAGGUGCUAUCUUAGUCGAGCAAUGGUUUGUUGGUUGCAAUGCUACUCACGUUGUAUGCGAAGGACCUCCUGUGCAAAAGUAUCUGGGGCAUUCUAGUAAUCUUGUCACACCAUAUUGGGUUCUGAAGUCGGCUAAAGAAAAAUCUCUGCAAAGACUCGUCCACUUAUCAGCUGAUUUAGCUCGGUAUACUGGAGCAAUGCUUGAUACUCUCCAGCAUGGUGUUUCCAAAGAGGAAAUUGACAGGGUAAUUAGUUCUAAAGAUGUACCUAGUCCCGUAAUAGAAGUUAGUCAUGCAGAAAGGAAAACGAGGGUCAACCUAGCUAAAGAUGGAGUCAGAAAGCGAAGAAAUCGCCGAAUGCAGACGUGUCAAACUCCAAUACGUCCCAUAACCCCUGGCACCCUUUUGGACUCCAUUUGCUGGUCGAUUUCUGAGCCAACCUCGACUGCUUCUAUUUAUACCGAGUCUUCAAGUGUAGAAAAUGCCACUGAAGACCAUACAUCAGUUUUCCUUGAUUCAAAGGAAUCCGAGACUUCAUUCGUGAACUUAUCUCGGCCACUUACAGAAAGUGAGAAGUCUGAGUUAAUAUUCAAAGGCCAUUUUCUCACCAUCAUGUUCCCGGUUGACCGAUUUUCGGAAAUGGGCCCUUGUUCGAGGACAUUCUUUAGCAAUAAUGGGUUUACGUGCUUGCAAGUUUUGGAUUACAUCUAUGCAUUUUAUCAGGCACGUUUUAUUCUCCCUGCCUUGUCAAUUUGUCAUGCUGCAACCCUUUUUUUCUUGUCGCGUAUACCAAUUAUUAUGCCAAAAUGAAGUAUAUAAUCACGAAAAUUACCCCAUAUGAUAGAAAAACACCAAUUAACUCGCAAAAUUGCAAAUGCCCUGAGGUUUGGUUCAUUUUAAGGUUUUAUCUGUCUAGAUUUUUCAGUCGAGAAAGCCGUGAUGCAAUAAUAUCUUACAUUAUAUAAAGCAGGAGAAUAUGUCAUCCGAAGAAAUAGAAAUGGCGAUCCACACGGACUCGAGGCAUGCUGAUCGGCUGAGAUUCGCUUACUCCAGCAAAGAGGCAGCAAAGAGUGGUGAUUUAGAGUUUAAGAGGAUCGAUUUUCUGGGCAGCCGAAAGAGUUUUGAGAUGUUGAAACGUGUAUCGGGUGAUAAUAAUAGUAAUCUUUAUGAGUUGUUGAUCAGGGCAUGAGUUCCUUAUUUCUUGUUCAGACUAAAGGAUGUAUUAUUAUUGUUAUAGAUGUGUACAAUUCACAUUACUGUAAGUCGAGAGGCAACUUUUUCACGUUGUCAACUGUAUAGUCGGGAUAUUUUAGGACUUGGGUUUUGGUUACUGAUAUGCAUUUGAGGAUUUUGUUUCUUUUCUUUUGGGGGAAAACUAUAAUUUGGUCAUUUAUGUUUUGUACUUUUGUUUUCGUCAUGGUAUGGCUCCUUGCUUCUGAUUU